UAGCGGUUGCAUGAGAGUGCUCAAGUAUGACAACAAAAGUGAAUGGAUCUUUGCUACCAAACACGCAUCCUCACAAAUAAUAUAAGAGAAAGACCAGGCGUAAUUGACAACCUUCAACACAAAAAGCGUAUAUGUAAAGAAAACAUUUCCACAGCUUCUGGAACGAGAUGAAUGUUCUGCACUAUGCCAGACGAAUUCGUUAUGGGAAGCUAACAAUAGUUGGCUACUAGUUAGCUAGCGUGUCUGCUAACCAGCAAUAUCCUAAAACAAAGCUGUUAACAUAGUGCUAGGUCCAGUGCCUGUUUGUCAACAAAAGGCAGGCAGCAAAAAGCAUUUUCUAAAAGUGCGUCACGGCCCAGGCAUUAACAGCCAGAAGAUUUACCUUUUUGGCCACCAUUUGAGGAUCCGCGAGAAAGUGACGCAGCAAUUAAACGAGCAAGAGACAAAAUGGCGGGAAGGAUCUGUGCCAGGCUCAAUAGCCUGGGAAUACCCAUACGAACUUUCCGCAAAUUUGGGAUUUGCUCUGCAGAUCUUAUGGAAGCCCUGAAACACCGGACGCGUUAUGGACGCCCCAUUCCAUGGAAAGAAACCUACAGGAAGCGUUGUUUUGAAAGGCUGAAGAACAGUCGCUCUCGGUUGCUGGAGAGGUACCGCCAGGCGGGAGAGAGCGAUGAGUGCGGUAAGGGAUCCAUGGUCGAGGAGAUCAUGCAGGAAGAGUGGAGUGCCCUGCAGUCAUCCGACGGGAGCUUGUCAUCGCCGUGGAGCCACGUUGGCGUAGAUUUAUUUGGAGCUGUAAAGCAAGACGAUGAGUUGACAGUCCUUCAAGAAAUUCAACAAGAACUUCUAGCAGAAGAGCUUGCCAUUCUGGAGGAUUACCACAAGAACAUACAGUUUGAGGAGCAAUCUUUGAAAGCACUGGUGGAGGGAAUGGAGAACAGUAACCUCAUCAUCUGUCCUGUCUGUUUCACAAACAAUCUGACUGUGACCAGCCAUUUCAUCUCUUGUCCAUGUGGCCUGUACAUCAACACUCUGGGCCGAGGUGUGAGCCCUGAGAUGCUGAGGUCUCUCCUGGAGCAGCAGGUCACUCAGCACGCAGACUCUGAGUGCCCCCACAACCCCGUCUUCUCCAUGGUGACCAACAUGGAUGGCUCCUCCAGUCUCAUGGCCAGUUGUGGGGCUUGUGAUUACCUAUCCGUUGUUCUCUGAACACGUCCUAUCUAAUGGGCUCCAUUUUACGGAGUGUCUUCAUUUUAAAAAACAAACAAAAACAGUUACAUUUCUGUGAAAUAAUACAGCUUUGAUUCUCUUGUCACAUUAAAAAGCACUACAGCAGAACUUUAGCGUGCACAGAAUGGGCCUGUGAUGAGUGCGCUCUGUUUCUGUGUUCUGUACUGAGCUCCGUGUGUUGGAGCUCAUUUGUUUAGGGGGGGCGGGGUCCUGUUCUCUGAAUGGGCCCGUAGUAUGCGGGGCAUCUGAGCUAUGUAUGUGCCAAAAGGUGAACUUCAGACUAAUCCUCCUGAAGCCUCUUGUGUUUCACUUGCAUUGUGUCAACCUCAGCUGCUUCCAUUUACCGUGCAGCUCAAAUGCACGCUAACGAUUGUCCGUCCUAUUUAUCUGUAUGUCAUGACCUUUUAAAGAUUUAAUAAAGAUUUUAUUUUUAACUAAA